CUCUUCCUCUUAGUAGAGACUGUAUAUAUAGUGCCAGAGCUGCUCGUUUCAGAGCACGGAUCAGGCUGAGUGACUGCUGCAAAACCUUUACAGUCAGCUAAACAUAAACAGGCUUUAGAUACAGACACAGUGUAAAAGCAUGGCCGCUGUGACUGAAAAAGACACUGUAUGGAUGGGUUUCAUGGACAUUGUUCCUGUCAUCGGGACGGUGAAAGAGGCAGUGGAGCUGGUGCUGGCUGUGUACGAAGGGAAUAAAGCGGUGAUAAAGGAGAAAGAGAAGGCCGUUGAAAACAUUGUGAAAGAGUCACUAAAAAAACAUGUGAAAAAGUUGACUUUAGCUGAUAAACCAGCACCAGCAGCAGCUGCAGAGGAAUUUUCUGGACUCAGAAAUGUGACAGAGCAGACCCCUGUACUGCAGGAUAGAGCUGAAUGUGGCAGCGAUGGACAGGUGUUUUGGUUUUGGGCUGAGCAGGGAGGCCCUGACACUGCUGAUGGAUCAUCUGAGAAGUGAAUGCCAACAGUGAUGGAGUGCCACAAUCCAGUCCCUGGUGUUUCUCUUCUGUCUGCCAGUAUUACAUCAUACAAAGUGGUCUCCAGAGGGUUUGACAUGCCUCCUCCACCACAUUGUCGUUGAGGAGCUGCUGGCCAUUCACAAAGAGAUAUAUCUCCUGAAGACCCCAGAAGACCUGGAGACAGAGCUGGGCUCAAACUGAUGUUGUUUUUCUGAUGUUAAACAUAAGCUAUUGUAUUGGCGGACCACUCUUAGCUGGGACGUAUUGCAUAGCUUCUUUGACAAGCUAUCCAACACAGAGAAACUUAUAUGGUACCUUUUUUGAGGUGGAUGAGACGGGAUUGCAACCGAUAGGUAAACAGGGCAGGUAAGCAGAGCAAGGCAGGCAGGUAAGUAGGUUGGUAGUAGUAGACAAAGCAUAGACUCCAGUAAUCCAACAAAGAAUUGGUAAGUGGUUGAAAAUGGUGGUUAAAAAAGGCACAACUUUAUAUAAAAAAAGUCCAAAUAGUGUUCAAUAGUGAUUCAAUUAAUUCAGUAUAUAUUCUUUAGGGAUUCAAUAGUGAUGUAAAAAACUGUAUGCUUAAUACGUUCCAACAGCUUCCUAUGUUCCUUUUGUUUUAGAAAGGUGAGAGGCGGCCAUCUUUAUCUUCAAACAUUUUGACCAACUAUCAAACUAAAAGUCCCUACCAAAUAAAGGACCCUAAAUCUAACAAAAUAUACCCAUGCUCCAAUGGCACAACAAUUUAGAUUAACCUAAACUCAAAAUGGCUCCUACAACUAUAUUAUAAAUAGUUGUGAAAAGUUAGGGUUAGGGUUAUAAAUAAUGUAUGCAACUUAUACAUUUAUUUUUUAACUUGCAUCACAAAAAUAAACUACAGAAAUUAGGUUGUUUCAUUGAUAAUGUGACAUUUAAAAUAUAUAUUGAAAAACUGUAAUGUACCCAUUUUUUCCCACUAUUUUCUCUUGGCUAAUGGAGAAUGGCUAAAAAAUAGUGUAUUUCUUAAACAUUCUCUCAAGAAGAGAAAACUUGCUCUUUUCUCUCUCUGGAGUAUGAUGUCCUCCCUGAGCAGCUCACCUGUCCCAGGACAUUCACCCCCUCAGUUGUGUGUGUUUUUUCUUACCACAUGCCAAACUAAUAACAUGAUUGUCAGCAUUAAAAGGAAUAAUUGCUGCUUUCUGCUGUGCAAAUUUUGUUUGUGAUAAAAAUAUUUCAUCUAGAGAUCGAUGCAUUUCUUACCGAUUUUUGCUUAUUAAAAAUCAGAUACAGAUGAAGUAGCACUGUAAGAUUACAUUUGUUUGAAUGCAUUAUUGCAAAAGCAAUAGUGUGUGAAUGUGCUGUACCGGUUUAUAUCAUGCUUUAACCCAACCAUAUUCAAUAAAAGAAAAAGACAAACUCCUUGAUAACUAGCCUAUAACUUCCCGCUUGGUUAUUGCCUUCAUUAUAACCUUCUGAUUUGCGUGAUCUAACUGUAUCAACUGCACUACAGUUUUUUUUUUCAAUUGCUAACAAGCUUUUACUAAUACUUAAAGUACUUUUUCUAAACUCUUAACACAGCAACUACAUCACACACUUAGCCAAAUAGUAAAUUUUCUGUUCAAAACCACAUUUUGUUAAAUAAAUACAAACUCGACAUUUCAAAAUGCUGAAUACCUUUUUCUACAUAUACUAAUUCUAUCAAAACACAGCAAACCCGAUUCAAAAUUGAGAUAUU